GCCCCUCGUAACUCCCCACAAUCAGCGACCGUUAUACAUCUAUUCUCUCUCUUCCAUCAUAAACCCUCACAAAUACUGAACUCACAUCGUCAAUCCCACUUCUUCCAGUCACCACCACUGAACCAUCCACCUCUCCUCAAUACUCUCAAAAUCAAGCAAAUUGACAUCGCGAAAACUACAGUUGGUUAAAAUUGGAUUUGUUUACAGCUGAGAAUUGAAACUCAACUUCAUUUGAUUUUCUUGGGGAGGCAAGUUUGCACAAUGGACAUAAUCUCCCAACUACAAGAACAAGCCAACACAAUAGCAGCUCUUGCUUUCAAUGCCUUCGGGACACUACAAAGGGAUGCCCCACCUGUACGUCUCUCUCCAAAUUACCCAGAACCUCCUGCUAAUCCUACCGAAGAUGCUGCAACUGUUGCAGAGCAACCUAAGCUCAUGAGUGCUUCUCUGGUAAAGGCUGCUAAGCAGUUCGAUGCAUUGGUUGCAGCACUUCCUUUGUCUGAGGGAGGUGAAGAGGCUCAACUAAAAAGAAUUGCAGAGCUUCAGGCUGAAAAUGAUGCUGUAGGCCAGGAACUUCAGAGGCAACUGGAAGCUGCAGAGAAGGAAUUGAAGCAAGUCCAUGACUUGUUCGGCCAAGCAGCAGAUAACUGCUUGAACUUGAAAAAACCAGAUUGAAUACGAUGAUGGUUCCUCAUCAAUUGGCAUUUCUAUCCGUGAGUCCAUUGGUAGACAUCAGCUCUGGUAAAAAUUUUAAUAGUAGAGAGCUAAAACAUCCUGUAAACAGAGUUGAAUCUUUGUUACUUAGAAUUGAUUUUAAUUCUAAAUUAGAAUGAUUAAGCUCGGUACUUCUUCCAACUAUUUUGUUUGUCUGAACCUUUAAAAUAAAAUCUAUUUGGAAUUAGAUAUUUGACAA